GCAAUUAAAAACAGUAACUAGAUAUAUGAUCAGUGCUAAAGCUCGUAGUUUAGCUGGCAAGCAAGAAUAUUAUACCUUGUAUCCUGAUAUUUAUAAAUAUCAAUUUUCAUAUAAGUGGGUAGAUAGGUUUAUAUUUCGUCAUUCAUUGGUACACUAUAGAUAUACUACAACUAUACAAAAAUUACCAGAAAAUUAUGCUGAAUUACAGCAAAAAUUUUUAUCAUUUGUUCUUUAUUGGCGAACUAAAUAUAAUUACCCUCUAAAUUUAAUUGAUAAUAUGGAUGAAACUCCUAUGGCAUUUAACCUGCCAAGUCAAACAACUGUUGAAAAACGUGGAGCACAAACCAUUUCAAUUCUUACAACGGGUCAUGAAUUUACAAAUUUUACAAUAACUCUUGCUUGUCUUGCAGAUGGCACUAAACUCCCCCUUUUUAUUAUUUUUAAAUUAGUUAAUGUGCCACGAGAGCAGUUUCCUAAUAGUAUAUAUAUUCAUGCAAAUCCAAGUAGCUGA